UCAUGGCGUACGAGUAACAAAUUUCUUCAACUUUCUGCACUAUUCCCACUCGAAAAUCUGAAAUCCGAAAUCCGAAAUCUCUUCUACUUCCAUUCUUUGAGAAUCAGCCGCAGCGAUGGAGAAAGUAGAAGAAGAGCAGCAGCGGCAGCGAUCCAACUGGAGCGAGCUUGUGGAGGACCUCGUCACUGCCGGAGACAUUGAAUCUGCAAUUUCUCUUCUCCAAUCGGUGAUUUCCGGCCUCCAGACCUUAAACGACUGUAAUCGAGAUCCCCAAUUGGCCGCCGCUCUCUCCGAUUUGUCCACUCUCUACUCUUCUAAAGGAUUCUCUCUCAAAGCCGACGACAUUGCCACUAAAGCUUUGGUUCUUAAACAACAAACCCAAGUCUCGUCUCCUGCUGGGUAUGGAAAGACUGUGAAAGGGGAUCGAACUUCGUCUGCAAAUGUUUCUUCGGCUUCCCGUGGUUCAGUUGGUGGAGCAUCCGUUGCAACUGGUAAUUUGGAUCAUAAAAGAGAGAGUCCAGAAAAUGCUCUACCCCGUGAUGGGUCUUUGGAUGUUGAUGAUUGGGAAGCUAUUGCAGAUCGCUCACCAAAUGAAUUGAUCUCCUUGCAAAGCUCACCAAAUGAAUUGCUCUCCUUGAAACGUGAACCUGAUGGAACAGGACUUUCAGUCAGAGAGACAAAAGACCAAACCCCUAGACGACGUGGGAGGGGAACAUUUUCAUAUAAGAAAGACGAAUUAUAUAGUGAUAAGCUUUCUGAUUCUUCAACCAUCAAGGAUACAAAAGCCGAAGAUGCUACUCAUGGGUUGGAGGAGGGGCGUAGGGAGCUAAAAAGUGCACAAUAUGGUACUCAACAUGUUCUUGUCCUAACCGACUUUCCACUAAGUACCAAAACAAUGGAUCUUGAAAGACUACUUGGGAACUUCAUGAAUUCUGGAGUUGCCAUUCGCUGGGUCAAUGAUACCACUGCACUUGCUGUAUUUCAGACACCGUCAGCUGCCCUUGAGGCUCUCAAUCAUGUUAGAAGUCCUUUCACCGUACACGUACUUGAUGAGAAUGAUCCUCUUUUGAGAUCAAUUCGACCAAGAGAUCUGGAACCUCCAAAGCAGAGGCCAAAGACGUGCACUAGAGCUGCCCAGCGGAUGAUCGCCCAGGGAAUAGGAGUGAAGUUGCCUACUCCAGACUUCGGGUUGAAAGAGCUAAGAAAACAGGAAGAAGACAGGAAGAAUCGCAUCGUGACGAGGCAAAAAUUGAGAGAUGAAGCUUGGGGAGAGGAUGGUCCAAGUUAGUAUUUUCAUCAAGACAAAAUCAAACUGCACAGCUUACACUGUCAUAUCUUCUAGUUCUCUUUGUUUUGUUUUGACCCAUUGUGUCAGUUAGUCUAUUCUGUCUGUACAGCUUGAUGAUUACUUGACUUCAGAUUCUGAUUUGUACUGUGUACAGUUAGUCUGUCAAAAAGGAAAAAGAAAGAAACUACAGUGUUUUUAGUCGUGGUGUCGGUGUCGUGUAUGGAGAAAUGAGGCAAUUUCGGUUUUCUUCUCUCUUGUUGUUUGGAAAUCGGCUAUUAUAGAAGAUGAAGAGUGUUUUGGUAUAU